AUGAACAAAGUGGACGCCCCAUGCCGACCUGCAGCCUCUCUGAAAUUCACUAUUGACAACAUCCUCAACCUGAAGACGAGACGAGAUGAGUCGGUCACGUCGGUGCGUAAAGACGCGUUCCAGACUCACCUGGAGGAGCACGAGUCCAGCCAGAGACAGGACCCGGACAGCAGGCUGAGGGAGACAGAGAUCCACGGAGAGACUGGAUCAGACCCGAAGAAGGUGAUGGAGGAGACGGAGGAGAGCAGCUGCGACGACACCACCACCACCACUACACACAAACCAGGCAAGAAAAGCAAGAUGAUAACCAAAAAGAAGACACGCACUAUUUUCUCCAAGAGACAGAUCUUCCAGCUGGAGUCCACCUUCGACAUGAAGAGGUACCUGAGCAGUGCAGAGCGAGCCUGCCUGGCCGGCUCCCUGCAGCUCACAGAGACUCAGGUGAAGAUCUGGUUCCAGAACCGCAGGAAUAAAUUGAAAAGGCAGAUCUCCACUGAAAUGGACGGACCUGUAACCCCUGAGAAUGGGAAGGCCUUGGUGGUGGGUCAGCUCCCGGCCUUGUACAAGGAGAGCAGCCUGCUGGGGAGGUGCCUGCUGCCCAUGCCUCUACCUGUCGUGUACCCGGGGAGCAGCACGCCUUACCUGUGCUUCACCAACACCAGCAAGUACUUCAGCCUGUACGACGGGGACGUAUGA